AUGGUCGCCAAGAUCCGCAAGUACAAGGCCGCCGCCGUCAACGCCGAGCCAGGAUGGCUCGAUCUCGAGAAGUCCGUCCAGAAGACCAUCCACUGGAUCAACGAAGCCGGCAAAGCGGGAUGCAAGCUCAUCGCAUUCCCUGAGCUCUGGAUUCCUGGCUACCCAUACUGGAUGUGGCGCGUCAACUACCAGGAGUCCCUCCCCCUGCUCAAGAAGUACCGCGAGCAGUCUUUGCCAUCAGAUUCGCCGGAGAUGCAUCGCAUCAGAGCCGCAGCCAAAAAGAAUUCCAUUUUCGUCUCCUUGGGCUAUUCUGAGGUCGAUCUCAACAGCUUGUACACCAGUCAAGUGAUGAUCGACUCCUCCGGAAACAUCAUCAACCACCGCCGCAAGAUCCGCGCCACACACGUUGAGCGUCUCGUCUUCGGUGACGGCACCGGCGAUACCACCUCCAUGGUCGUCGACACCGAGAUUGGCCGCAUCGGCCACCUCAACUGCUGGGAGAACAUGAACCCAUUUCUCAAGGCAUACGCCGUCUCCCUCGGCGAGGAAGUCCACAUCGCAGCCUGGCCACUCUACCCACACGCCAACACCCUCACGUACCCAGACCCAUACACCAACAUCAGCGACGCCAACGCCGACAUCGUCACCCCAGCCUACGCCAUCGAGACCGGCUCCUUUACUCUCGCGCCCUUCCAGAUGAUCUCAAAGGAAGGCGUCGACCUCCAGACUCCUCCAGGAAAGGAACGCGAGGACCACCACAUCUACAACGGCAAUACCAGAAUCUUCGGUCCAGAUGGUCAGCCACGCAUCAAGCGUCCCUCAGAGGACUUCGAAGGGUUGGUUUUUAUUGAUAUUGAUUUGGAUGAGGCGCAUCUGAGCAAGGCGCUGAAUGACUUUGGGGGUCAUUACAUGCGUCCGGAUCUGAUUCGUUUGGUGGUGGAUACUGAUCGUAAGAAUCUUGUGAGUAAGGUUACAGGGCCGGGGACUCAUGAGGUUGUUAGCACGAUUGAGCGUACCGGUCUCAACAAGCCGUUGAAGGAGGAUGAGGAUGGGGAGCCGGAUGUUGAGCACCUGUGA